AUGGACGAAGAAGAAGACGAUACGUCAUCGUUUCGUGCACAUAUGUUCGAUUUGUCAAUUAAACGAUCGAAUAGUUCGCCUGCUCUUCCUUUACUUGUUAAUACUGCUGAAAAUGAUAUGCAAUUUGAUGAUGCUGAUUUUUGUGAUGCAAAGCUACGUCGGCAUAGUUCAUCAUUUAGUUCUCAUCAGUCUCGUCUUAGUCGUUUUGCUCAUAUCAUGAAAAAUGAAUUAGCCAAUCCUAUUGUCGACGAAGCUUCUCAAGAACGUGAUUUACAUGAUAAUCUUAAAAUGUCGAUAUCAUUUACAGAUUUAGCAGUUGGAGAUGAACAACAGUCACAACAACCAGCUCAGUUAAUCGAUAGUCGGCGGUCAUCAGUAAAUAGUUCCGAUUCAUCUAAUCUCUGCUAUUCAUGUUCGCCGAGCCCAUCAACUCCUGCUCGGCCUUGUGCUGUUGUCAGUAAUCAAAGACAAUGCUAUAGUCCAGCUCUUCAACAGCAAGUUGCGCCCUUUCAAUGUUACUUAGCUUCUCCACCUAGUCGUUCACAAAGUCCUAUUGGAAUGGCGACCACUACAAAUAAUAACAAUAGUUCAUCAACUAAACUCACAUCUUUUCCACCUAAUCUUAAGCGAAAACAAGCCGAUGAAUCAACAGCAACAACUGGAUCAGGAAGUAAAAAAUCUAGAAUAGGCAGUGAUAAUGAAUCAUUAUUCGGGCCAACAAAUUCACCCGAAUCACCAUCUGGUCUAAUUGAUUCGAAUGCAAAUCUACUAACAACUCAACAAUCACUAAAUCUACUUUCGUCUGUUGGUCCAUCAUUAUCUUCGUCUUCUUCUUCUUCUUCAUCGUCGUCAACGAACAUUCACAAUGAUAAUUCACAUUUCAAUCCGAUACAAAAUUCUGAUAACGAUAUGUUUCCUCCUCCAAAUUCUCCUAGCCUUUGUCCAAGUCCAACAAAUUCCACGUGUUCGUCCUCAUCAUCGACAUUCACUCCCAUAUCGCCAGCGUCGACAACAUCUUCAUCAUCAACAUUUUUACUUUUACCGGCAAGUUUUAAUCGUUCAACAGUUAUUUCAUCUAUGCAAUCAUCAACAUUAAUUAUUCAGUCAACCACUAAUCCUAUCAGCAUAAAUACAAACUAUUCAAAAAUAAAAUCCUCCAAUCAACUUCAACGUGAUCGUUCACUUGAUGAACCAUUAUCUGUUCUAUUACCAAGACCAACACCAACAACAACUCAACAAAAAUCACCAAAUUCAUCAUCAUCUAAACAACAAUUUUUCUUUUCAUCAGAUGACAAUAAUUCUACGACUGCUCAAUGA